GCGGGGACCAGUGCUGUCCUCUGGACUUGGGCUUGGUGGGGAGGAGGCGGAGUGAGUGUGGUCUGGGGAGACUCACAUCUGCUUUGAACAGUCCCAGGACCUGCUGCUCUCAGGCCACCCUUCAGGGAGAGCAGAGCGAGGCCCUGGGGGGGCUCUCCCCCUUCCUGUGAGGCCAUCCAUCCAGGACACGUGACCAGCAACACGGGGCCUGGGCUGGGUCACGCCCUGUGCAUCUGUCCGUCCAUCACACUCUGAGGACUUUAUAAGCUGUCUGCACGGCUGAGGACCAUGGGAGGCAGCACUGGGACCCUGACCCCCACUGCCCUUCUCUACCUUGGGCUGUGUCAGGGCCUGUGGGACCAGGCAGGGACAGGGACCCUCCCCAAACCCUCCAUCUGGGCUGAUCCUGGCCCCAUGGUCACCAAGGAGAGCCCUGUGACCAUCUGGUGUCAGGCGUCUCUGCAGGCUGAUGUCUACUAUCUGUAUAAAGAGAGUGUCCAUGGAUCCUGGCCCAUGAAGACCUCACAGGAUUCCAGCAACAGGGCCAGUUUCUCCUUUGCGUCCAUAAGCUCACACAAUUCAGGGAAAUACCAGUGUGCAUAUCAGAGAGGGAAGAGCUGGUCACAGGAGAGUGACCUCCUGACCCUGGUGGUGACAGGAGUGUUUGAUGCACCCUCCUUCUCAGCCAACCCAACCCUUGUGGUGGCCUCGGGAGGGAAUGUGUCCCUCUCCUGUAGCUCACCGUGGCCACGGGGGUCAUUCCAUCUGCUGAAGGAGGGGGAAGCUGAUGUGCCCCAAUACCUGGAAUUGACGUUCCGUCGUAAGCGGUACCAGGCAGUCUUCCUUGUGGGCCCUGUGAACACCUCCCAUGGGGGGACCUACAGAUGCUACAUUUCUCCCGAAUCGUACCCAUAUUUGUGGUCACAGCCCAGUAACCCUCUGCACCUUCAGGUCACAGGUGUCUACAGGGAGCCGUCCCUCUCGGCCCAGCCGGGCUCCCUGGUGCAGUCUGGAGACAGCCUGACCCUCCUGUGUCGCUCAGAGACUGGCUUUGACAGAUUCGCUCUGACCAAGGAUGAGGAGCUCAGAGCUCCCCAGCGUCUAGAUGGGCAACCCAGCCCCAACUUCACCCUGGGCCCUGUGAGCCGCUCCCACGGGGGCCAGUACAGAUGCUACUGUGGACACAAGCUCUCCUCCACGUGGUCGGCACCCAGUGCCCCUCUGGACGUCCUGAUCACAGGAAUGUAUGAGAAACCGACCCUCUCAGCCCAGCCAGGGCCUUCAGUGUCCUGGGGAGAGAACGUGACUCUGCAGUGUCGCUCUGAGGUCUUGUUUGAUAGCUUCCACCUGUCCAAGGAGGGGUCCCUGGCUCCUCCCCAGGUCCUUUAUCUGCAGGACACAGUGAUACCUAACCAGGUCAAGUUCACCCUGAGUCCUGUGACCUCAGACCACGAGGGGACCUACAGGUGCUACAGCUCACACAGCAACUCUCCCUACCUGUUGUCACAGCCCAGUGACCCCCUGGAGCUCCUGGUCUCAGCCUCAAACAGCCAAGAUUACACAGUGGAGAAUCUCAUCCGGUUGGGGAUCUCUGCCUUGAUCCUGAUGGUUCUUGGAGUGCUGCUCUUUCAAGCUGGGCACAGUCAGAGAAGACCCCAAGAUGCAGCCAGGACAUAAAUGUAAGAGAGAGAAGACUGACUUUUCAGUGAGGUGGAACUUUGAAAAUGAAAUUGAUGAUACCAAGAGUUUCUGGAAGAAAAUCUGGGCAUAAGUUGGAGAAACAUUCUGCUGAGAAUAUUCUGGGUACAAACAUGGUUUGGGUGCAGGAAAAUGUCUGGGUUGGUGCUGUGGUGGCUCUUCUGCAAUUAAACUGUGGUAAUUUCACUCCCCAGCACUUCUCCUUCCUGGCUUUUCCUUGACGUCUUCUGGACUGGCUUCCUUCUUUCCUCAACCCUAUGACAUGAGGCUACAUCCCCCAUGGUAUCUUUGGGUCUACCUUCAUGCUCUGGUCCACCUUCAUGGAAUACUUUUUUCUCUAUUCCCUUGUGUGAGUACUCUUCAGCUCAGAACACAGACUCUGUUUUAAAUACUGAAUAGAUAGAUGCAUACCAAGUCCAGUUUGGAAAAAAUACAUCAAAAAUCAUUCUGUAAGAGGAUCUGGACCCACAAGACAUUCCCUCUUCAUCAUAUGAUAAAUGAUAUUAUUUCUCCAGAAGUAUCAUCACUUGGAAUGAACACACCGGUGUGUGAAGUGAGAGUCACAUACAUGCUCUGGGGGUAAACUGGCUAUAAGGAAAUACCAUUUCCUGAUUUAAGGCUUUUACUGAUUUCUUUGGUGAAAAUACUCCCUAUAUGGCCAAACUUGAAGCUGCCUGUGUGUAUCCACUGAAUGCAGAGCUAGGAAGUAAUGAUUACAGUCAUCUCUCCCAUGUGAAUAGGAGCUAAACGCAGCACACCUACUGAUAAUACCCACCAAUGUACAUGUGUGUGUUCUUCUAUUUUCAAGGUUCUGGUCACUUUCACCUCGAGUAGGAUGGAGCAAGCCUCGGUUUUCCCUAGACCCUGAGUAUCAACCAAAAUUGUUCUUAAAUGAACAUAGCAAAUACUUCACAUGUUGGCAUUGAGGUUCCCUCAAAACAUGUUCCCCAACUACCUGUUCACCCUCACUUGAGUCUGAUCAAACAAUAAGCCAUGUCCCAGGUGAGAAGUUGGGUCUCUCAACAAACACUUAAAGAUCACAGGGCAUGCAAUUAAGGAUUUAAAAUAGGUUCAUGUGAUUUUCGGACCUCGCCAUUCCCCAUGAAUCUGAACUGGGAUGGAGGUCAUCAAUAAAGAUGUGGGGGCUUCUUCAGGAAUAGUAUUCAAUCUCAUUAGGCAGUACUCUGGGGAUCCCACAGGUCUUGGUUUCAGAUCCUGUAAGUAGGAUGCCUGGCCUCAUCUGGGUCCCCAAUGAGGGGGAAUUAGAGAAAGUGCAUGAGAAAGAUGUGGCCCCCCUUUCCAGUAGAAUUUCUACAUCAAAAGUCCUCAUAUAUGACAUCCUGUGAAUCUCUUCUCUCUGACUCAGUUACUCCCUCAUGAGAGUCAGAAAGAAACAAACAGAAAAACAGCCAGAAAACAACUAAUCAAAUGGCAAUGGCAAGUCUUCACAUAUCAAUAACCACUUUCAAUGUAAACGGAUUAUCAAAACACAUAGAGUACAUGAAUGGAUAAAAAGAAGCAACAUCCAACAAUAUGCUGCCUACAACAGACUCACUUCAGCUUGAAGACACAGGUCUGGCGAAAAUGGAAGGGAGAUGCAGUGGAGUGAAAACACACCUUAUAAACUUUGUGUAAAUUUAAGGUGUACAGCUGUUGACUGAUAGAUAGCAAGGUGAUUACCACCAUGUCUUUAACUAACACCUCCCUCACAUCACAUAAUUACCAUUUGUUGUUUUUUGGGGGGGGUGAGAACACUGAAGAUCUAUUCUCUAAACAACUUUCUCGGAUUUGAUACAGUAGUAUUAACUAUAAUCACAACGCUGUGCAUUACAUCUCCAGAACCUAUUCAUCUUAUAACUGGAAGUUGGUAGACUUUGACCACCAUCUCCCCACUUCCCUCACCCACCUUGCCCCUGCUCAUCACUACUCUACUUUUCUUUGUUUCUGCUUCUACAAGUUUGACUUUUGUAGAUUCCACACAUAAUUAAAUCAUACAGUAUUUGCC